AUGGAAGUGGCACUUAGCCCGGUGCCCUCGGCACCGCGCGCAGACCAGGCGCCAUCGGUCCGAAGCGCGCCUCUGGCACCAGAACGACCCGAACCAAUUGACGAUGAUGUGAUAAAGCAUAUUUUGAGGCUGAGAGGCAAACUUGGCUGGCAAACAGUAUUAUCACCACGUGGAUACAUAGCUGAAGAGACGAAGGCGACCAUAAUUCAGAAGAUUGCACUUCGGAGACCUUUAUUACUGAAAGAUAGUGGAGAAUAUGUAUAUUGUCUCAGAAGAAGCAGGAACAACCCUAAGGCUCCCUAUAAUCCAUACGAUCUUCAAGUUGUCUCUGCAAAUUCAGCUAGACAUAAUAAAGAAUAUUGGACCAUUACUGCUUCGUUUGUAUCCAAGUCUAUUUCUGUGGUGCUGAACUUGAUGGGAAACCUGGAAGAAAUGGAAAUAAUUCCUGUAAUAGAAUGGCUAUGUGAAAGACAACUUUAUUACAUGAUAUGUAAUUUUAAUGUGUUUUCCAAUGUCAGAAUGAAGAAAUAUUUUUUCACCUGGAAAAUCAAUGUUCGAAGAGCUAAGACAACCAAGAGCAAAACUAUGAUGUACAACCAGCUUUUUUUGGCUGAUGAAUUAUUUCUAAGCUGCUUGCUUUAUAUCCAAGGACUGUGUGAAGAUGCAUGUAACAUUAAUUGCUGCAAAGGAUCAGAAGAUAAUGCAAUUUAUUUGAUAAAGGUGGACAGAUCUCGCACAUAUUCCUUGGAUGAGUUUUGUGAGGAGCAAUAUCAACAGAACAAAGAAGCACUUCAUCAGCUACAGGCUUUCAGGGAGAAAGUAAUUAAAGCCAUUCAAAGUACUUUUUUAAGGGUGGCAGAAAUGAAGGGAGCUCAAAAGCUUUUUCAGUCUGUGCCAAGUGACAGCAAAGAAAAUCCAAAAUAUGCUGAGAUAAGUGAAUGGCGUCAGAUGAUGAAACGCUUUUCAAGGUUUCUUCUGCUAGUUGACAAGAUCUUCCAAGAACUGCUCCGUAAACUGGUGCACAAUGCUGUCCAGCUGCUACUGGAGUUAUUUAAGGGUUCCAGCAAUGUGACCAAUCCAGAUGAAAAGAAGAAUGAAAACCUUAUAAGUAUUUAUAAGAACACUCUUGUGAGACUAUCUGGCCAGUUGGAUGUAGAAUACAGUUCAGUAGGAGUAUCUAAAGAAUUCAUUCGAGAUUUUGAGAGAGCAUCUCAAGAACCAUCUUUCCAUUCAAGGGAGGACAAAGUUUUAAAACCUGAAAUAAUUACUGUUGCUGAUAUUGACAAGGUGCUAGAAGAUGUAAAAAAGCAACUGGAAGGAGAGCAAGAAUAUGCACCAGUAUUUGAAGUAAAUAUAGGUCUAAGAAUUCCUUUUGAGAAGAUUAAUGAUAGAGGCAGUCAUCCGGAGGAUGAUCUGGAGUCCUGUGAGAUGCAAGAUGAUGAUUAUUUUUCACUGACCUCAGUAGAGUUUCUGAAGCAAAGGUUAAAAGAUGAUGAAAAUUUGAAAAGUUGGACCCAGAGUAACAGUAAAAGGGCAUGUGAGGAGCUGUCGGAAAAUACAAAGGAACAAGAGACAUUUAAAUUAAGUCAAGGAAAAACUGACUUUUCUGCAGGCAAAGCAGAAGUCAACCCUGAAUCAGAUAAUAAAGUGGAAUUAAAACAGGAAUGUUCUUCAUCAUUCUGUACAGAUAUCUUUUUAAAUCCCAAUAGAAGACAGUUUUCUAAAAAAUUACAAGGAAUUGUGGAUGGUCUAGAAAAUACUACCGCAGGAAGUGGUCAACUUGAAAAACUUAUAUUGGUAAAUGGACUAAAUGCCGAGUUUGAGAUUUUGACUCUUCUGUCUAUUCUUAGUAGUUCAAUGGAACAAGUUGAAUCUUAUAGCAGAAACUUUAUGCGAUACUGUGCCAUGGUGAAUGAAGCUAAAACUAUGAAUAUGGAAAUCUUAGCACUACAAAGGGAAUUAUCGUCACAUGAUUUCAGAGGCAUCUUAAAUAAGUAUACAGAUGAUGUAAACGAGAUUAUAUGUAUGACUAUUGAAAGACGCAUUCAUAUGAUUAAGGUCAGAAGUGUUAACUAUCAAACAGACUGCCUGCCAUAUUUUGAAACCCUGGUUAAUAUAAUACGUUCAUCAUUGUAUGCAAUAGUUGAAGCAAGGAACUCACAUCUCUCAGAAGUUAUCCAUUCAGCACUUAGAAAGCUGGACAAAGAUCUCACAACAGUGGAAGAAUUUAUUGAGCACUUGACUUUCCUGAGCCAAAUUUCCUCAGAGUUGCCAAUGCUAGAGACUCAGUAUAACACUCUUUCCCAAUUGUAUUCUAUUGCAAGAGCCUAUGACUUCUUUAUUCCAGUUGAACAGUUUGCCUUAUAUCAGACCCUUACUCGCAGUCUGCAUGAUCUUAAAUCAAGUAUCCUUAUUUGUGAAAAAGGAAAAAAUGACAAUAUUAUAAAAUUCAGUGCAGAUUUGGAUGGCUAUUUUGGCAACCUACAGUUUGAACUUAGGAACUUUAAGAACAAAGUGAGAAAUCCAGUUCUCCUCCUUAGCAAAACAUUGCCUAAGACAGCUAAAGAGAUGAUCCAAAGUCUUGUGGAAGAAGCUGCAGUUAUUUCUAACAAAUCCAGAAGUUAUGCAAAUUACCAGGAUCUCUUUGACAGUUCCAUUGCUGACAUGAGAUCAUUGUCAUUGGAAAGGAUUUCUCAGAGAGUGAAUAAAGAGCUCUCUGAAGUUGAAAGUGAAUUAUCUUUGCGAAAACUCUUGUGGGACUUACUAGAGGAAUGGGGGAAGCUUUCUUUUAGGUGGAAACAUACACUUUUUCAGAAUGUUGAUGUAGAUUUAAUACAAAAGGAUGUUAGCAGAUUUAUGCAGACAAUACAGAUUCUAGAAAAAGGUUUACCAGAAAAUAAUAUUAUAAUAGGUCUGAAGCAGUCACUAAUCGAUUUUAAAGAAGGCCUAUCUGUGAUUGUGUCUUUAAGAAGUCCAUGUCUUCAACCCAGGCAUUGGGAGGCUAUACGGUAUAUUAUUGGGCAAUCCAUUUCUUGGGAUAAAAAGUUUACCCUGGAGGAUGUUCUGCAACUCAAUUUGUUUCAGUACAAGAAAGAAAUCGUUGAUGUAUCAGUAACAGCAACCAAUGAAGCUACCCUUGAAAUAAUGCUGAAUAAGAUAAUUAACCUUUGGAAUAAAACUAAUUUCCAUUUGUCUCCUCACCGCUCUGAAACUUCAACUGUCAUGAUUAUUUCAUCUGCUGAAGAUAUAAUGGCUCAGUUAGAAGAAUCUCAAGUAACAAUUUCAACAAUUAAGGGUUCUUGCUAUGUUGGGCCAAUUAAGAACCUUGUAGAUGCAUGGGAUCAUACGUUAAAUCUCUUCUCUCGCACCCUGGAGGAAUGGUUGACUUGCCAAAGGAAUUGGAUUUACCUGGAACCAAUCUUUCAUGCUCCAGAAAUACAAAGGCAGCUUCCAGCAGAAGCAAGUCUUUUCUCUCAGGUCAAUAACAAAUGGAAAGAGAUAAUGGCGUGUACAGAGGAUGACCCAAAUGCUCUUAGGGCAGCCACAACUGCAGGAGUCCUUGAGAUGCUGCAGACCAACAAUGCACAUCUUGAAAAAAUACAGAAGUCUCUUGAGGACUAUCUUGAGAUUAAACGAAUGAUUUUCCCAAGGUUUUACUUUCUCAGCAAUGCUGAACUUCUUGACAUUUUAGCUGAAAGCAAAAAUCCUGAGGCUGUGCAGCCUCAUCUUGUGAAAUGUUUUGCGAAUAUCAGGAAGUUAUAUAUACGCAGACAUGACCAGAACUCUCCAGUGGUGGUGAUGAUCAGUUCUGCUGAAGAAGAGACUCUCUUUGUGCCAAAGAUUAUUCGUGUUAGAGGCCCUGUUGAGCAGUGGCUAGGAAAUGUAGAGAGCAGCAUGUUUGAUAUGGUAAAAAAAUUUGUAAAUAUUGGAAUGGUAGAGUGGAAUCAAAUGGAAUUUAAACAGUGGUUUCUGACUCAUCCAGGACAGGUGGUACUUCUUGUGAGCCAAAUUAUGUUUAAUAAGGAUUGUACAAGAAGUUUCCAGAGUUCUGAUCCAAAAAUGGCACUGACAGGAAUCCAUGAUGAACUAGUCCAUCAUCUAGAGCAGCUUGCAGAGAUGGCAUCUGACAUUCUUCAGUUUCACAAGCAAACCACACUAGAGGCGUUGCUUAUUCUGUACAUCCACUGUAGGGACAUACUUUCCAGUCUGAUAGAUAAACAAAUCUUCAAAAGGGAGGAUUUUGAAUGGACAAGGCAGCUGCGUUAUGAAUGGAAUGAAAUGAACACCACUUGUAGGGUAGUUCAAGGUAAUGCCUCCUUUAUUUAUGGCUAUGAGUACUUGGGCUGUUCCUCUCGAUUGGUUAUUACACCGCUCACCGACCGAUGCUGGUUAACCCUUACUGGAGCACUACACUUGAAUCUAGGAGGCUGUCCUGCUGGUCCAGCUGGUACAGGAAAAACCGAGACUGUCAAAGACCUGUCUAAAGCCAUGGGAAAACUCUGUGUGGUUUUUAAUUGUUUUGAAGGUUUGGAUUAUCAGAUGAUGGGAAAAUUCUUCUGUGGACUAGUUCAGUCUGGAACAUGGUGUUGUUUUGAUGAGUUCAAUCGCAUAGAUAUAGAAGUUCUGUCUGUAAUUGCUUCACAAAUUCAGACAAUCAAGGCAGCAAAAGAUAGCCAUGUUAUCAGAUUUGUGCUGGAAGGAAAAGAAAUCCGUAUCAAUACAUCCUCUGGAAUCUUUAUUACCAUGAAUCUUGGGUACAAAGGCCGAGUAGAACUCCCAGACAAUUUAAAAUCUCUAUUUCGACCUGUCUCAAUGAUGGUACCAGAUUAUCAACUCAUUGCUGAAGUAAUGUUAUUUUCAGAAGGUUUCAAAUCAGCAAAGUCACUCUCUGGGAAAUUGGUCAAUCUUUACCAGUUGGCUUGCAAUCAGCUGUCACAACAGGAUCAUUAUGAUUUUGGUAUGAGAGCCAUAAAAACAGUGUUAUUGAGGGCUGGACAGAAGAAAAAAGAAUUAAAAAUACAAAAUUAUGAUACUAGUGUUCCUGCAGAAGAAGAAACUCUCAUUAUAAUCAAUUCAUUGAAAGAAGCUAAUUUACCCAAGUUUCUUGCAGAAGAUGUUCCUCUGUUUGAGAACAUUAUGGCAGAUCUGUUCCCAGGAAUUACAGUUCCAAGAGUAAGCACUCACAAACUAGAGAAAUCAGUAGCUGUUGCAAUGCAACAGUUAUGUUUGCAGCCUUGGGCAUCUCAGAUAGAAAAAGUUUUACAGUUUCACAAUCAAAUUCUGGCUCGGGUUGGUGUGAUGUUAGUAGGCCCUACAGGUGGAGGGAAGACAACUGUUAGAACAAUUUUAGAAAAAGCCUUGGUAAUUUUACCAACUUUAUUUUUGGAAAAAAUUUCAAAAAAUGUUGCUGUUUUGCAGAAUGCACCGAAGAAAGGAAAAGUGGAUACUUUUGUAAUAAACCCAAAGUGUGUCAGUGUUGGUGAGCUGUAUGGACAGACUGAUCCUAAUACUAUGGAGUGGUCUGAUGGAUUAUUGGCAUCAGCAGUUCGAACAUUUGCAAAACAUUCAACAAAAAAAUCUAAAAAAAUGGAGGCAAACACUGAUGCAGCUAUAAGAAUACAGGACGCUUACACGAGGGAGCAGAGAAGAGCCAAUUCUCCUCAACCCCCUUUACCACCACUUAUGCUAGAGGAAGAGAUCUUUGAGGAGCAAGACAUAAGGACUAAUAAGGAUAAUAUUUCCUCAUCAUCUCCUAAUGUAGCUCUCAUGCCUCCACCACCUUCUAUGGUGGAUGACUUAAGGAAGUUUCACAAGCUGAUGGAGCGGAUUACUGACACUGCAGAUUCCAUUGGAGGAGGUAAAACUAUUACUGAUUGGCAGUGGAUAAUCUUGGAUGGACCAGUAGACACAGUUUGGAUAGAAAACUUAAAUACUGUGCUAGAUGAUACCAGAACUCUGUGUCUUGCGAAUAGUGAAAGAAUCUACUUACCAUCAGGAAUCAGAAUGAUAUUUGAAACGGACAGUCUCUCUCAGGCCAGUCCUGCUACUGUCAGUCGAUGUGCAAUGGUUUUUGUGGACCCAAGUAAUCUGGGAUGGGAACCUUAUGUAAAGACAUGGCUGUUAAAAGCUUCCAGAAUAAUUACACAAAGUGGCUCGGAGUGUCUUGAAAGUUUAUUUGAAAAAAGUAUAAAAAAAGGACUAAAUUUUUUAGAUAAACACAAGAAAAUGCAGCCAUUUCCCGUGCAGCAGAUGGGAAUUGUAAUGAAUCUCUGCAGAAUCCUUGGUGCUUUUAUUGAUAUAAUGAGCAAAAAUGGACUCUUCUGUCACAGUGUUGAAGGUCAGGACUCUGUUGCAGGUACUUCAAAAGUGUCCCAGACCCAGUAUCUCAGCUCUCAACUGACAGUUGAAGCCAAAGCACUAAUUGCAAAGGCCCCAGUAGAAAAGAAAAGGGAAAAUCAGAAAUGGUUUUUGGAAAAGUAUCCUGAUAAAUUGCCAUCAUUGUUAGAGAAACUGUAUGUCUUUGCAUUUACUUGGGCAGUUGGAGGAGUUUUAAGACGAGAGACUGAUUAUGAGGAAGAGUCUCUGAUUGGCAUAAAUACCAAAGAUGAGUCUCUUGUAACUGUAACACGUGGUUUCAGUAAUUUUGUUCGUGAUAUAUUUGAAGGAGAAUCACCUAUUGGCAUUCAGUUCCCAGCUGGAGACAGGGUUAUCUUUGAGUAUUUUGUGGAUUUACAAACAGGUGACUUUGCACCAUGGACAGACUUAGUUCCUACCACUCAGUUUCUAAUUCAACAAGAGACUACAUCGUUUUCUGAUUCCCUGAGAUCUGGGAGUAAUAAAGAUGUGAACCCUGGAAGAAGAGAUACUCUAAAGCUUAUACCCAAUAUGGAAACAAUUUGCUAUUCUUUUCUAACAAGCCUUCUUUUAAUGAAUAAACAUCCAGUACUUAUCACAGGCGACUCUGGUAUUGGGAAGACUGCCAUGAUUCAAAAUAUGCUUGAAAGACUUCAGAAACAAGGGGGAUUCUUUGUAAAAUCAGGAACAAUUUUAGGAGAUGUCGUCUUACAUAAUGAAAUUAAAAAAGCAAGCAUGUUAAAGAAUUCCAGUUACCUAACAUUUGAUAUGCCCCAAGAUGCUCAGAAGACAGUGUGGCCCUCACCUGGAGACUUGGAUUUGAAGUCAACGAAGGGGCCAUAUUCUGCAAGUGAAACUGGUGACAUUGCUUCAUCAUCUGAAAGAAUCAAGAGUGUUAUAGUUUCCACAAUACAGUGUGGUGCCCACACCAGUGCUGCCCAAAUACAGGCAUGGGUUCGUCAGAAAUUAAUACUAAAAAGUAAAGAUACUCUUGGUGCACCAAAAUCCAAACAGGUGAUAAUAUUUAUUGAUGAUCUGAAUAUGCCAAUACCAGAGGAGUAUGGUGCCCAGCCACCACUUGAAACAAUCAGACAGUUUUUAGAUUUAGGAGGUUUUUAUGACACUAAGCAACUUGCAUGGAAGAAUAUCCAGGAUGUCUCACUGGUUGCAGACUGUGCCCCUCCAAGUGGUGGAAGAAAUGAGAUUAGCCCACGUCUUCUCACACACUUUUGUCUGUUGGUUCUGCCUCAACCUUCCUUACAAUCCUUACAACGUAUUUUCCAGGUUCAUCUGGGAACAUACUUGUAUAACAACAGAUUCUUAUCUGAGGUUCAGAAAUGCAAUGACUUUCUAACUUCCUCUUCCAUAGCUGUAUACUAUAGUAUGUGCCGCAGCAUGCUCCCAACACCAGCUAAGUGCCACUAUACAUUUAAUCUACGAGAUCUCUUCAAGGUGCUCCAGGGGUUGUUGCAAGCCCACAGGUCUGUUAUUGUCUCAAACGAAACCGCAGCUCUUCUCUUUGUGCAUGAAACAACCCGAGUAUUCCAUGAUCGCCUGAUUGAAUCUGCUGAAAGAGAGAUUUUUUAUCAGUUUCUUGCAAAUGAACUCCAUAACUAUUUUAAGAUCACAUGGACCAAAGAAAAAUUGAUGGAGGAGUCUACCAUAUUUGUGGAUUUUCUGGAUAUGAACACACCUCUUGAAAGUAAAAUUUAUCGAAACAUCACUAACUAUGAAAAACUUGUUUCUGUCUUGGAAGAAUUUCAAACUAAAAUGAACUCAACGAAUACUAAGGUAUAAAAAACAGAUGGCUUGUUAUCUACUUCAAUGGUGUUCUUUAAGGAAGCUGUAGAACACACUACAAGGGCUGCUAGAGUCUUUCGGCAACCAGGCGGCCACAUGAUGCUAGUUGGCCUGGAUGGAAAUGGGAAAAUAACCUGUGCGACCCUAGCCUGUUAUUUAUCAAACUGUAGUCUCUUUAGAUUGUCUGUUACCCACAGUUACAGCUACACAGAUUUCAUAGAGGACCUGAAAAGAGUCUAUAGACAAACAGGGCUGGAGGGCCAGAACACUGUUUUGCUCAUCACUGAUUCAGAUAUAGUUCAGGAUUCUUUUUUAGAACAUUUGAGCUGCAUUCUGAAUUCUGGAGAAGUGCUUGAUUUAUUUGAUAAGGAGGAGUUGGAAGGUAUUGUUGUGAAGCUUACAGCUGUUGCCGAAAAGGCUAACUACUCUAACAGCAGAGAAGCUAUUCUUUCAUUUUUCAUGCAGAGAGUACGUAGCAAGCUUCAUAUUGUUUUGACGACAAGUCCUGCAGGACUUAACUUCCGUCAGCUUUGUCGGAUAUAUCCUUCCAUUGUUAAUUGCUCUACCAUUGAUUGGUACAACAACUGGCCUGAAGAAGCUCUCCUGCAUGUUGCAAAAAGCUACUUUAGCCAUGAAGACAUUUGUGAUGACAGUGAGAACUUAACAAACAUGGUUGCCCAGGUAUGUGUUGAAAUCCACAAAAGUGCAUCUACAACAACGGAGAAAUAUUUGAAGGAAACUAAAAGGCACUACUACAUCACUCCUAAUAGCUAUUUGCAAUUCAUAGACACCUUUUCAAGCAUAUUACGGAGCACAAAAAAGAAAAGUCUGUUUAACAGGGCUUGUUUUUACAAUGGUCUGACCAAGCUUCUGGAAGCAACAUCAUUGGUUGCAGAAAUGCAAGAAGAGUUGCUUACCCUGGGCCCUCAGAUAGAGCAAAAAUCAAAGGAGAUAGAAGAACUCGUGGAAAAACUUCAUAGAGACUCACUAGUAGUGGAGCAGGUUCGAACUCUUGUUAAACAGGAUGAAGAAAUCAUGGCUGAGGAAACAAAAGUUGUGGAAGAAUACGCUCGGCAAGCAACUGAAGAGCUAAAUGCUGUAUUGCCAGCUUUAGAAAAAGCCCUCGCUGCUCUAGAUGCAUUGGACAAAGCUCACAUUGCAGAACUCAGAGUAUAUACUCAUCCUCCUCCUCUUGUACUAACUGUUAUGAAUGCAGUUUGUAUUCUUCUGCAAAAGAAACCUAGUUGGGCAACAACAAAGCUCCUCCUUGCAGAUGCAGGAUUCCUCAAAAAAUUGGUUACUCUGGAUAAAGAUAACCUACCAGAAAAGGUGUUUCUGCAAUUGAAAAGAUAUGUAAGAUCACCUGACUUUAGCCCAUCAAAAGUGGGACUAGUGUCUAUUGCCUGUUGCUCCAUGUGUCACUGGAUUUUAGCUUUAGAUCACUACCAUGAAGUACAAAAGUUGAUGAAGCCAAAACAAAUCCGGGUUACAGAAGCUCAGGAAGUACUAAGACUUGCCCAUCAAAAACUGGAUGAAAAACAAAGAAGUUUGGCCUUGAUUGAAGAACAUGAACAGAAUUUAGAGGCAAGCUAUCAAGAGAGCAUAGCCCAGAAAGAAAUACUAGCAACUCGAAAGCAACUGGCAACUCAGCGUCUACACAGAGCAUCUAUAUUAAGCACAGCUCUGGCGGAUGAGAUGGAGCGAUGGAAAGAAUCAGUUAAUAACCUGGACAAAAGGCUGCAAGGUAUUAUGGGUGAUGCCCUUGUUUCAGCAGCAUGCAUCAUCUACAGCGGAGUGUUAUCAGCAGAAUAUCGUCAGCAGCUAAUAAAUGAAUGUCUGAGAUUGUGUAAUGAGAAUAUCAUUCCCGUGUCUCCAAAUUAUUCCCUAAUAACAGCUAUGACAGAAAAAAAUGAGGUCAGUAAAUGGCAAAAUGAAGGUUUGCCUCUCGACCAGUACUCCAUUGAGAAUGCUAUCCUUGUUAAGAAAGGACAACGAUGGCCUUUACUAAUUGAUCCACAGAAACAGGCUUACAAAUGGAUUUGUCAAAUGGAGAGAGACAGGCUACGACAAAUUCAUGCUUCUGAUUCCAAUUACUUAAGAACUUUAGAAAAUGCCAUGCGAAUUGGAGACUCCAUUCUGCUACAGGAUCUUGCUGAAACUUUGGAUUCAAAUUUAAAGCCAAUCUUAAGAAAGGAAAUCUACAGUAGAGGAGGUAAAGACUUCAUCAGGAUUGGAGAUGCUGAAAUUGAAUACAACCACAACUUUAGAUUAUACAUAACGACGCAAAAAGCCAACCCCCAUUUUCUUCCUGCAGUUUGUAACAUGGUCACAAUGAUCAACUUCACUGUAACAUUCCAAGGUUUGCAGGACCAACUGUUGUCCACUGUAGUAAUUCAUGAAACACCCCAGUUAGAGCAACAACGUUGUGAGUUAUUGGAGAGUAUCUCUGCUGACCAAAUCACACUCCGAGAACUGGAACAAAAGUCACUUAAACUGCUCCAGAAAACAGAAGGACACAUAUUAGAUGACCAGGACCUCAUUGACAACUUACAAAGAACAAAAGUUACUUCAAAAGAGAUUUUUGAGCGUGUUGAAGCAUCAGCAAAAACAGAGGCCACAAUUGAAAAAACACGUAAAAACUAUCUCCCUAUUGCAACUCGAGGUGCUGUGCUCUACUUUGUAGUGGCAGAUCUUAUUAAGAUCAACUACAUGUAUCAGUUUUCAUUGGAGUGGUUCCAUAAAAUCUUUGUAGAAUCUAUGGAUUUUGUGAAUAAACUGCAAAGUCAAAUUUCUCUGUCAGAUUCGACUUCUUCUGUAUGUGGAACAGUACGAGCCCUUAGCAGGCAGAGAAAAAGGCAUUUCACCCAAGAGCACUGGGAAGAAUGUGAGAAUGAGACAGACAGCUUUAACAGGCAUCUUAAAGAUAUAAUUGACAUGUUGACAAAUAAUGUUUAUAAGACAGUUUCUUCUGCCCUCUUCACUGAAAACCAACUCUGCUUCUCUUUCCUACUCUGCACUAAGAUCAUGCAGAAUAACUGUGGUGAAAAUCAAGCCCAAGACAAACUUGGAUUCCUACCUGUGAAUGAGUGGAACUUCUUCCUGUACUCCAGCAUGUUGGCAAAUAUUAUGGAUACACAAUCAGAGUUCGAAAAUUAUGGUUCAUAUAUGUGUAAUAAAACUCCUCGUCUCUGGAUUACUGAAUCUAUGUGGAAGGAAUGUCAGUACAUGAGCACUCACAUGCAACCUUUCAAUCUCUUGUGUGACUCCCUUGCAUCAAAUUCCCAACAAUGGAGUUCUUUCCUAAACAGUGGUAACUUAUAUUAUUUACUUAGCACACGUUACAGACCAGCAUCGUCACAACAAGAUACAGACCUGCAAUCAGAUGCACCGAAAGAAAGAAUUGGGCUUGAUAGUGCCGUGGUAGACUUUCAUUGGGAGAAUCUUUCGUCAUUUCAAAGAAUUAUAUUGAUUAAAAUUCUCAGACCAGGAAGUUUAAAUAGUGCAAUACGAGAGUUUGUUAUUGAGAAAUUAGGAGCCAGAUAUCUUCAGACUGGAGGGAUUAACUUGAAAGAAGUGUAUGAAGAUUCCAGUGCCACCACUCCAUUAAUAUUUAUUCAUUCUCAUGGAAUAGACCCAGCAGCUCACCUUCUGCGCCUUGCACAGGAAAUAAAAGGAACCACACAGCAUGUGAAAAUGGUUUCUUUGGGACGUGGUCAGGGAAGCAAAGCUGAAGAUUUGAUACAUAAAGCACAGCUGUUGAGUGGACAAUGGGUUUUCCUCCAAAACUGCCAUCUUGCUGCAUCAUUUAUGCCCAGGCUUUGUACAAUUGUUGAUUCAUUUACCCAGCCAAACAUAAACAUGGAUCCUCAGUUUAGACUAUGGUUAAGUUCCACACCUGAUCCUUCUUUCCCCAUACCUAUCCUGCAGAAAGGUUUUAAGAUGGCAAUAGAACCACCUCAGGGUCUGAAGGGAAAAUUACUUCAGACAUUUGGAUACAGUGGCAGCGGAGAGGUAACGGAAAUUAUCUUCAACAAGGUUGAAUGUGGCUUAUCAUGGAAGAAGCUGGUGUUCAGCCUGUGUUUCUUCAAUGCUGUAGUCCAUGAAAGAAAAAAAUAUGGAGCUUUGGGCUGGAAUGUUCCAUAUGAAUUUAACUCUUCCGAUUUAGAAGUGUCCAUACAGAUGUUGGGGAUGCUUCUGGCAAACCAAGAACAGAUUCCUUGGCAAGCAAUAUGUUAUCUUACUGGAGAGAUAGCUUAUGGAGGUCGUGUGACUGACCACUGGGACCGUCGUUGCUUGCUCAGCAUUCUGAACAAUUUCUAUAGCCCUGUUGUACUGCAGGAGGGUUUCGCUUACUCUAGUGAUGGGGUAUAUCGACCCGUGUCUGCCACAGAUAGCUUACAAGACUGUAGAGCCUAUUUAGAGUCUCUGCCAGACACUGAUUCACCAGAGCUAUUUGGAAUGCACGCCUGUGCUGGAAGAGCAUUCCUGGAAUCUCAGGCACAAACCUUUAUUGAUACCAUUGUCAGUAUGCAGCCAGGAAUCAGCAUGGACACCCUGAUCAUCAGUGGUGGAAAGAGCCAAGACGAAUUAGUACUGGAAAUAGCUUCUGACAUUCUAAGACAGCUGCCACUCACUGUAGAGGAACAAGAUACAGAACUGACACCUGGAACUGAACAUUCCUCCAAAAUGAAAAUCACACUGGGAAGCUUACUGUCAGGCCCCAUUUGGGCUGCUCUUGCAAAAGCUACUAAAGGACAUGAUCCUUUUAUCAAUUCAGCUUUGUUAACUGUUCUUCGCCAGGAGAUUGACCGAUUUAAUCAUUUAUUGUCUGUAAUAACCAUAUCAUUGCAUUCACUUCAACGAGCUAUGAAAGGAGAGAUUAUCUUCACUACAGGGUUAGAAGAACUUUAUAACUCAGUUUUGAAGUCCAAGGUGCCUGAGUUCUGGCAGCCAUAUUCCUAUAUGUCAAAUAAGUCUUUGGGAUCAUGGAUUGAUGACCUUAUUCUACGAGUGAAUUUCUUUGCAAUCUGGGCAAACCAGGUCAUCACCUGUAUACAAUUAAGGUAUAACAGCUUAAUGAUGCUUCAGAAACAAGCCAAAACAUCUGGGAUUUCAUUUUCAUCACCGACUGGCGAUAGGCCCAACAUAUCCACCAACAGCAUUCAGGGAAAUCCGAGUCGCUUCUGGCUUUCAGGGUUUUUUUUCCCACAAGGGUUUCUUACUGCUGUGCUGCAGAACUAUGCUCGUCAAAAUGGAAUCUCAGUGGAUUCUGUAACUUUUGGCCAUAGACUGCUUCCUACGAUCCACGAUGAAGACUGCAACUCCAGAGAAGUCAAAAGAAAACAAAAUAUAAUACAAACCGCAUUUAAGGGAUCUUCCCCACCUGAAAAUGGUGUUCUAGUUUUUGGUUUAUAUAUAGAUGGUGCACGAUGGAGCCCUACUACACAUGUGCUGGAAGAACCCUUUCUUCAUGACAGAUUUUAUCCACUCCCUGAAAUAGUGUUUUUACCACAACAGAUUAUCCAAACAAGACACACAUGUCCAGAUGAGGAACAAAGAGAACUAAUGCAUUAUGAAUGUCCACUUUACCGGACUCCUCAAAGAGCUGGAAUCUUGUUAUCUACAGGUCUGUCCACUAACUUUGUAACAACAAUCAGUCUACCAACCAAGAGAACUUCCAGUCAUUGGGUUACAAGAGGGGUUGCAAUGCUGUGCCAACUGGAUGACUGA